UUUUAAUUAGGAAAGAAUUAAGCCGACAUCUCAACAGCCAACAGUAGAGUAACUGGGGUCCCAUGAGGGAGAGGGGAAGGUUGGUCUCAUUGGAGGCACACAAAAGACUUUGAAUGAUGUUAUUUGACCCCUGAAAAUUGGGAAUCAGCCAAAACAGUCCUGUAUGGCGGUCGUGUGGAAAGGAUGCAACCGUGUGGGAUGGCCGUCACUACAAGCAGUCACUUCUUGAGACACCAAAUCCUGUCACACAAGGCCAAUGGAUGGUUGGUGCAUUUUCACUGAGUUUGAAUGUGGUAGGAUUCUUAGGAAUCUAGUGCCAGAGAUGAAGCGGAAGCCACAACGGAGCCGGGGUUUCAUAAACACCACAUAAAGUUGGUGAUGGUACAUGUACACAAUAAACAAUGAAGAUGACACCCAGCUCUCUCAUCUCAUUGAGCCUUGCUUCGUUGACCAACCGCCACGCCCAGUCCAGACACCAUGGCAACUAAACAGCCUCAGGCUCCGCCUCCAGCAGCCAUUGGUCAAGAUCGUCGCUUACCAAUUCCAAUCAGCAAUCAGCAAUGAGCGUAGUCGAGGGCAAUGCAAGACACUUGUCAGCUUUGUUGUUGUUGUACCUGUCAGUGAUCUGGGUUACCCUGUUGGUUCACCAGGGAGUAGCAUCUGGGCUUAUACACCAGGGAGCAGCGGUGACUGGAUCCCAAGUAGCAACUUAGAGGACAUACCAGGCACAGCAGCUAACAGGAUGCCUAACUUCCCCCAUCAAGACACUGUCAAGAGAGGAUGGCUUCCAAAUGAACAAACACCUGUCAGCCGGUUUGGUGAGCAACAUGAGCCAAUGACUGGCAUGCAUCAUAACAUGGCCAUGGGAGAUGGGGGAGGGGUGACAGCUCAUGGAAUGGCAGGAACGGUCUGGAACCCUGUAGCCACCAUGCAACUUCAUGGCACCAAUCCAAAGGUGUGGGGAGCAUCACGGAGCCAGUCAGUCAUGUGACAUGAGGACACCUCUCCAUCCAUUCCUAUAGAGGGCGCUGUUCAUCACAGCCGCAGCAUCCACAAGAGAUAGUUAAGUUAAUUAAUUUUUCUUCGAUGUCCAGCAGCCAUAGAGGGCGCCAUAAUGCUAUCUGGUUUGUUCACAGAUAUAUAAACACAUAGACCGCCAGUCGUGCGCUUGAAACUGUGAUUUAAUAAUUGGGCAAAAUGUUUGUUGACAGCGCGCAUAACUGCGAUGCCACUCAAUGCGCCAACGCGCUUUGUACAGUUCAUACAUUUAAAUACAGUUCAUAAAUUAUUUUGGUAAAGGCUGUAUUACUCAAACUUUGCAAGAAAAUGUUGGGUACCGUAUUGUUUUUAAUCUACGGAAAUCAUAUUUAGUUCACAAGGGAUUGGUUUACAAUCAAAAACUAACUUCACAAUUUUUUUUUUUACAUGUUUGACUGGAUUUCGUCAGAUGUGUGUAAAAUCCUAUACCGAGAGGUGAAUUUGCCCAUAGUUUUGAUUUUAGUCAGGCGCUAGGCAAAUCACGAAAUGCUCAUGUAGUUUGAAUAGGACCUGGCGGUCUAUGCAUUUAUAUGUCUGUGGCUUUGUUGCCUUACCUACCAAAAAAUUUGCUGACGGCAUAAUUCAGAGAAAAGAAUGAAAACAAAAUAAUUAGGCCUUGGAAUAAAAAAAUUUGUAUCAAUUCUGUGAAAUUUAAGAUUAUUGUAAACUGCGAGUAGUUUGUAUUUAACUUUAUUUAUGUUAGGCCAAAAAAAAAA